CUGGGCAGCAGCCUUUCACCUUCAAAAUUGGCCAAGGUUCUGUCAUAAAAGGAUGGGAUGAAGGUAUCCUUGGAAUGCAAGUUGGAGAAGUUGCUCGUCUGUGGUGCUCUCCUGAUUAUGCUUAUGGACCUAGUGGAUUUCCAGCCUGGGUAUUUCAACUACAUGGGAAUGCUUGCUGUUGAGGGUACGUAUGAUAAGAUGAAUGCUCUUUUAAGCCAAAAUAUCCACCCAGUAGAUAUUCUAUUGUUGAUGGCUGCCUCAGAAGGUGACAAGCCGAAAAUUGAAGAACUUUUAAGAGCCGGAGCUAGUUACUCUGUUAAAGAUGCUGAUGGGCGAACAGCUCUUGAUAGGGCUGCAAGUGAUGAAAUUAAAGACUUCAUUCUUGGUUUUUCAGUUCAAAAAGCAUGAUUGGUUAAGUUUGGUUUAAUAUUUUGUUGUGCUUGAUGACUUUGUCAGAAUCACAUCAUGUAAUAAAUUCUACAGCAGACUUUUGCAUUUUUUUGAA